CUCAUCAGUCUACAAAGUUGACUGACUUUGCAGUUAACAGUCUUACAGUAAGUUACUAGGGAAGGUCUUUUGUUGGCUUCAGUGCACAAAGGUUUCAAGACAUAUGGGGAUAUUCUUUGUGUUUUUUUCUUUUUGUUUAAAUAGUUGAAUUAAUUUCUUAUGUACUUACAUUUAUACGGCUGUUGAUAUGCUUCUCAUGUAUUGAUCGGUUGGAGUUUUGCUCACAGAUGAGAAUAAAUGGGUUUUCUACAUACAGUGCAGUGAAGCAAUGAACAAAGUAAUUGUUUUUUAGGGCUUCAUCCCUUUUCUAAUCCAGCACUGUUGGUGCUAGAAGCCAGGAACUCAGAUGUACACCUUCACUAAGGACAAGACUAUGUUAAUGCACGUGAUCCUGCUGAGUCUGGUGGUUGGCAGCAGCCAGGGGUGCUACUGUGAACGUUACCCAUGGGGGGCAUGGUCUCCCUGCUCACAAACCUGCAAUUACGGCACACAGACCAGGCACAGGCAAAUAAGAAUGGAUGAAUAUUAUAGCCAAAACUUCUGUGACCAGCUGUGCACAAAGCAGGAAUCUCGUGCAUGUAACCAGCAGACAUGUCCUACCAACUGUCAGCUUGGAGACUUUGGCCCUUGGUCAGAAUGUGACCCAUGCAUUAAAAAACAAUUUCGUGUCCGGACACUCCUACGACCAUCCCAGUUUGGGGGUCAGGCCUGUUCCGAGCCACUGGUGGAUUUCCGCCCAUGCUUCCCAACUAAGUUCUGCAACAUGGUGCAAGUGGAUUGCAAGAAUAGAUUUCAGUGUGAAAGUGGUCGCUGUAUUGCAAAAAAAUUGGAAUGCAAUGGAGAAAAUGACUGUGGGGACAACUCCGAUGAAAGAAAUUGUGGGAGGAAAAAGACAGUGUGUAACAGAAAGUAUGAGAGCAUCCCAGGUGUGCACUUAAUAGGUAGUGGAUUUCACAUUCUGGCAGGAGAGAGCCGAGGGGAAGUCCUUGGCAACUCAUUCAAUGGAGGACAAUGCACAACAGUGAAGCACAAUGAGACAAGGAAACUGUACCGUGUUCCCGCAAACCUGGAGGCUGUCAGCUUUCAGGUAAUAGAUGAAGAGGAUGAUGUAACAUCAGAUUUCUACAAUGAUUUAACUCCCCUGAGUGACAGUGCUCAUGGAAGUAGUUCAUCCACUCAUGGUGCUAAAAGAUCUUCUGGUAUCCCAUUUUUAUUCUCAAGAAAGACACGGGUUAAAGUCACAUCAUCUUCCUCCUUCAAAAAAGCCAUUGAAGCCUCAUAUGAAAAGAAUUCCAACUUUAUUAGAGUCCAUAAAGUCAUUUCUGUUGCUAACUUCACAAUGAAACAGUCAGAUCUGCAGCUCUCAGAUGUCUUUCUAAAAGCACUUAAUCACCUGCCCCUGGAGUACAACUACGCUUUAUACAGCAGAAUAUUUGAUGACUUUGGCACUCAUUACUACACCUCUGGGAAGAUAGGUGGUUCCUAUGACAUUCUUUACCAGUACAACUCUGAGGAAUUGAAGAACUCUGGCUUGGCAGUGGAUGAGUCAAUGGAGUGUGUCCGAACAGAAACGACAAAGCGUGUGUUCUUCCGGAAGAAAAAGAAAGUCAGUACCAGAUGCACCACAAACAGGAUGACAGUGAAACAUGAAGGUUCCAUUUUGGAGUCAUCUGAACGGUCAGUCUCCCUGGUAAAAGGUGGCAGGUCAGAGUAUGCAGCAGCUCUGGCCUGGGAGAAGAAGGGAGCUUUUCCGGGACAUACAGUCUUCACCAACUGGUUGGAAUCAAUAAAGGACAAUCCUGUGGUGAUUGACUUUGAGGUGUCCCCCAUCAUGGAUUUGGUGAAGAAUGUGCCAUGUGCCGUGACCAAACGUCGCAAUCUGGGAAGAGCCCUGAGAGAAUACGCAGGCAGGUUUGACCCUUGCCAGUGUGCACCAUGCCCCAACAAUGGCAGGCCUGUGCUUUCUGGGACAGAGUGUCUCUGCCUGUGCCAGGCUGGCACCUAUGGCAAAAGCUGCGAGACACGAGCUCCAGGUUACACAUCAGUUGCUGUAGAUGGCCGCUGGAGUUGCUGGUCUGAAUGGAGUUCAUGCAAUGCCUCCUUCAAAAGAAGAAGGACCCGGCAGUGUAAUAACCCCUCUCCAAUGAACGGUGGGAAACCCUGUGAAGGUGAAUGGGAAGAAGAGGAGGACUGUUAUGUCUCUGUAUUCACAGACAGAGGUGCUGCUUGUAUAAAUGAUGAUGAAGUCAGGAGAGAAGAGGAUGUCUUGGUUGGCAAACCUGAGUCUGGGUGCUCCAAGCCAGACCCACCAGAACACAGUUUUAUCAGGAAUGAAAAGAACCAUUACACUGUGGGGGAAGAAGCUGAAAUUGCCUGUGUGAGUGGUCAUGUCCUCAGUGGCUAUCAAUUCCUUCGGUGUCUGCCAGAUCAAACCUGGACACAGCAACCUGUUGAAUGUCAACCCUCAGCAUGCCUCAGGCCACCAACAUCUGACAGUGUCACAAUUUCCCCAUUUAAGCAACAGUACAACAUUGGUGAAACCGUGAAGCUGAGCUGUCAAGCUGGGCUUAUAGUCACUGGGCAAACACAGUAUACCUGCGGGAAAGAUCUGUCUUGGAUACCUCCUAUUUUGAGAUCUAUUACAUGUGAAAAAGAUGUGCAAACUACGAAUAGAGGUGUUUGCAAUCCAGGACAAAAGCAGGUUGGAUCUCAGUGUGUUUGUAUGUCUCCAGAAGAAGAUUGUGUCCACUACUCAGAAGACAUCUGUGUGCUACAUGCUGUUUCUGAGCAGAAUGUGACCAAGCCCAGCUGUCAGUACUCAGCUGAAAUGUGCCUCGGAGAGCAGUCAUUUUAUUUCAUGCAUGCUGGCCCUUGUCAUGGUGAUUCCAACCUAGACUGGGCUAUCGAAAGGGCAAAGCUCUCUGCAAACAGCUUGAAGAGAGUGCCCUGUGGCUAUGACACCUGCUAUGACUGGGAGGAAUGUCCAGAGACACAGACCCAGUGCUUCUGCCUGAUGCCUUACCAGUGCCCCAGAGAAGACAGCUACCUUCACUGCAUCCAAAUGGAGUCAACAGGGAGGAGAAGGACAGUCAGCCAUUGCACACUGGCAGCCAUGAAGUGUGCUGGCAUCAAACUGAAGGUGCUGGAGCAGGGGAGCUGCCUGGCAUAACAUGUCAGCUCUCCUGGCAGCCACCAUGAUCAUCCCACCAUACGCAGGUUGAGCCAUCCUGGGGAAAACCUGGAUGGUUAUAAAAGGACAAGUAGAUCAAAAACAAGGAUUAAAAGAAAAAAAGAAAAAAAAAACCAAAGGGCACGACAGAUUUUUGGGAGAAGGGUGGCAGUGGGCUUUUUUUGGUCUGAAAAUGGGUGUGUGGCAUAGGAACGCUCUCACCGCUCAUAGCUCUGUGAAUAUGCAGGGGCAGGGAGGGGAGCGGAUGGAAAGGGCAAAAGAGGAGCAUUGCCUCUGGUCUCACCUAGUGCUCAGUGAGACUCUUCCUUUCCUUAGCCAUUUGUUGCUUUGCCCCUGUGCUUGUGACUGCUGUGCACUCUGGUUGUCUCAUUGGCUGAGUACCUGCUGUGUCAUCCAGGCAGGAAGACCAGGCACUUCAGUAUCACUGCCCGUUCCCUCUGACACCUAAUGGGGUCAUGAAAGACGUUACCCUGUACAGGCACCCACGGUGCAAAUUCAGGGAGCAAUACAAAAUACUGGAAACCACAAAUACACAAUGAUUGAGUAAAGUUGUCAAAACCAUGUGAUUUUUAAUCAGAGUAACUGAAGGGAGGAAGUGGUUGCUUUAUGGGUUGGUUUGCUGGGUUUGAGCCUUAGAUACUGUUUGGGAAUUUUGAUGGUACCUUCUGAGGUGAAUUAAACACACGUUUGUGCUUAAAUAUAAAAUAAAAGUUUAAUAAACAAUGUAGUCCUACCACAAUA